GUUUGGCGCUGCCCUGCGUGAGGUCAGCUCAGGUUCCCCGGGAGACAAGCCGAGCAGCCGAGCGGGUCGGUCACGGUUCGCCUCCCUCCUGUCCGUAUGCUCAGCCCAGGUCCUGCUCUUCUGAUGCCUUCCUCCUCAUGCCUAUUAUUCCUCUGAUGACAGCCUACCUUCUGUCCGUGUGCUCAGCCCGAUCUUGCUCCUUUUGGUUUUGCAAAGCAGCACUGUCCUCAGCUACUGCCUCUUCGUCUGUUUCAGAUGCCUGAUCGACCCUACACGCUGUUAGCAACAGGUAACCACCUGUCUCCGGCUGUGCUCAGGAGAGGUCCUCGCCUCUUGCUCCUCUGAUUGCGGUUCGCUUUCCCGCUUCCUGUUCUACACUUCUGCGUCUGCUUUAAUUUCCUGGUGGAAUCAAAACUCUGCUGGUCACGGUUUGCCUCCCGCCUCUGUACGUGGAAAAGGUGCUGCUGUUGGUCCCUGUCAUAUUCCACUGAUAACGGUUUGUCAGGCAGCACGACCAGACACUCUCUCUGAUUGGCCACUGGAAGUUUCCCGAACAUCAGAACGUGGUUGGUCACUGAUGAAGACAGGUUUCAUUCUGCAACAGUUAACGUACCGAACCAGUUUACAGCGAUGUUUUGAACAAAGUCUUGUGUGGCAAACAUACACCACCCCCGCCGUGCCGCGUUUAUAAUAGUUACGGCUUGCUACCUGCCUCUUGUCUCCGUGUUCAGGCUAGGAGCUGCCCUUUCUCGUCUGGUUACGGAUUUGCCAAGCAGCCUAGUCCUUUAAGCUACUGCCUCUGCCAUAACUUCUUGGUUUACCCUAAACGUUGUAUGGCGAUGUUUCCGACAAACUCCUCCGCUUCAAACGGGACCUUCCCCCCGGCCCUGACGCGUGUCCCUUCGUUCGUGACGCGUACCGACCCCUUCGUGACGCGUUCCCACCCCUUCGUGACGCGUACCGACCCCUUCGUGACACGUACCGACCCCGCCGUGACGCGUCUCUGUCUGAACGUCGGGCAGGCCCAGCUGGAGCGGCUGGUGGACGAGCUGGUGGCGGAGUCCAAGGCGCACGUCACCGCCCUGCUGGUGCUGGUCUGCCUGCUGGGGACCGUCGGUAACCUGCUGGUAGUCCUGGUGAGCGCCCGACGGAGGAAACAGUCGUCUGCCACCGUCUGCCUGACCAGCCUGGCCGCCGUGGACCUGCUCAUCUGCGGGGUCUUCGUGCCGCACAAGAUCUACCAGAUCUUCCACACCACCUACACGGGGGCGGCCUGGUGUAAGGUGAACCCGUACUUCAUGACGGCGGGCCUGCUCGGCUCCACCUUCCUGCUGGACGUCAUCGCCGUGGACAGGUACCGCGCCGUCUGCCGGCCGCUGCGGUACUGCACCACAAAGAAACGGUGGACCGUGGCGGGCUGUGCAGGCACCGUGCUUCUCGGUGCCGCCCUCUCGGUACCGAACCUCAUCGGCCCCGCAGUGCUGGCGGGAGUACCCGUGGGGCCGGCCUGCCAGACCAUCAGCAUCUGCCUCCUGCAGGAAGGCGUCGUGCAGAGGCAGGCGUUCUUCGUGGCCACGGCCGCCAUCUUCUUCGCCUCGGUCCUGAUGAUGGUGGUGCUGUACGCACAGGUUUUUCUGCGUGUGAGAGCGUCCGGCCGCUCCAUCCCGGGCCGGUCCACCAUCUGGACAGCCAGUGCCGCCAGCGUCCGGCCACAGCAAAGCGACAGCACGCCUCGCGACAGCACGCCCUGUGACAGCACACCCCGUGACAGCACGCCCUGCGACAGCACGCCCUGCGACAGCACACCUCGCGAAAGCACGCCUCAUGACAGCACGCAAUGUGACAGCACAUCCCGUGACAGCAAGCCCCGUGACAGCACACCCCGUGACAGCACGCCCUGCGACAGCACGCCUUGCGACAGCACGCCUCGCGACAGCACGCCCCGUGAUAGCACACCCCGUGACAGAACGUUAGGCGACAGCACGCCCCGUGACAGCUCGCCGCGUGACAGCACAACUGACGAGAAACCCAAUACCCAGGCGCCCCCAAGAGAGUUGACCAACAACGCGGUAUCACAGCGGAAGUCGGACAGCACAGAGACGUCACAGCGAAAUUCUGACAGCACCCUUACACCACAACCAAAGACAACGAGUACUCUGAUGCCACCGCUAGGGUCGACCAAACCCCUGACACCACAGCGGAAGUCAAACAAUGCCCUGACGCUGCCACAGAUGUCGGACAGCCCUAUGGUACAGCGGAGGUCGGGCAUUGCCAUGACGUCACAGUUCAACAAUACCUUGAUGCCCCCAAUAAGCUGCACGGCUCUCGCCUAUCAGCGAAAUUCGUUCUCCAUCCCUCGGCUUGUCCCUCCCGACAGAAAAGACACUCCCAGCGCAUUCCUUACUACUCAGCACCAGUUCAGGGUGGCCAAACUGCUGAUGCUGGUUACCAUGGUGUUCAUGUUGUCAUGGUUACCGUACUGGUCCCUCACGUUCUACAUGUGGACCAACCCAACGUGGCUGCGUGACCAGCAUUACGUCACGAAGAAGGUGGUGGAUUUCUUCCAGCACUUUUACCUGGUGAACCACGCGCUGAACCCCAUCAUCUACGCCUUCGUGCAGCGGGACUUCCGGAGGGGGCUGGCGGACAUGCUCAAGGUCAGGGUCGGCGUUUCCGGGAACAGAAACAAACGGAGUUCGUGACGUUUUACACAACUUUCCCGGAACAGAAACAGACGGAGUUCGUGACGUUCUUCACAACUUUCCAGGAACAGAAACAGACGGAGUUCAUGACGUUCUACACAACUUUCCGGGAACAGAAACAGACGGAGUUCGUGACGUUCUUCAUAACUUUCCAAAUGGGGACAACAUGACACGCUCAAGGACUUUUAGGAUAGACACAAAUGUAUGUCGGUUCCCAUCACAAUCAUGAAGAAAAUUAAACGCUUUGACAUUUGCAAUGGCAGCUGCCAUUGUCCUGUUUUAUGACUGGCCCAUUUCUAAUAAAGCAGUGACGUGUGUGAUUCAUUGGACUCGAAGUUUGCUCAAAUAAUAUUCUACAAGAAGCGGGUUAUGAAAUUGAAACAACCCAGGAACGCCGAAUU